AGUACGUGCAUUCCCAGUACGUUCGGGCCGUUGCAAACAUAUACAACAGGGAAUGGGCUCUGGAAUACCCAACGAAUUCUCGCAGAAUCAUGCUGGACUCCUCAUUUGCGUAUCAGAAAUUAAAGACGAGGGAAACAUAUGCUGGUCUACUGAAGAAGUGGUCCACCCCUCUCCAGAAGAUUGUGUCAGCUGAUAUAUCUGUGGUCUAUGUUCCAGUUGUGGACAACGGACAUUGGUGGUGUGUUGCUUUUGCACUGAAAGACCAGAAGAUAUGGUUCAUUGACAGCAUGUAUACUAAUCCUUCUUCCGAGCAUUCUGGGGAUGUUAAAAAAUUGAUAGCAGCUGUGGAGUACGUUCUACAUUGGAGGGACACGCAGUAUAAUGCAGCUCUUGUUUGGAAGUUGAAGCAAAUGCAUACUUGGCCCUUGGACUCCAUUAGCUUCCCUGACUACAACGACAAGUACUGUUUAUGCUACCUUUUCAUCGUCGAGUAACCACCU